CUCCUGCGCUCGCUCCCGCCCUCCCGGCAUUCGGGGCGCCGCGCGCGGGCCCGGCCCGGGGCAGGGCGGCCAUGGGCGCCAAGCAGAGCGGCCCGGCCGCUGCUAACGGCCGCACCCGCGCCUACUCGGGCUCGGAUCUACCUUCCAGCAGCAGUGGAGGCACCAAUGGGACCGCGGGCGGCGGCGGCAGCAGCGGGGCGCGGGCCGCGGCCGCCGGGAGGUUUCCGGCUCAGGUGCCCGGCGCGCACCAGCCCAGCGGUUCCGGCGGCGCCGCGGCGGCCUCAGCGGCCCCGCGCAGUCGCUCCCUCGGCGGGGCCGUGGGGAGCGUGGCGUCGGCGGCCCGCGCGGCACAGUCCUCCUUCAGCAUCCCCAACAGCAGCAGCGGCCCGUACGGCUCGCAGGACUCGGUACACAGCAGCCCCGAGGACGGCAGCGGCGGCGGCGGAGGCAGAGACCGGCCGGCGGGCGGGGGCCCCGGCGGGCCGCGUCUGGUGAUCGGCUCCUUACCAGCUCAUCUCUCGCCGCACAUGUUUGGAGGAUUUAAGUGCCCCGUAUGUUCAAAAUUUGUACCUUCAGAUGAAAUGGAUUUGCAUCUUGUGAUGUGUUUAACAAAGCCAAGAAUAACCUAUAAUGAGGAUGUACUGAGUAAAGAUGCUGGGGAAUGUGCAAUAUGUCUUGAAGAAUUGCAGCAGGGAGAUACUAUAGCACGACUGCCUUGUCUAUGCAUAUAUCAUAAAGGCUGCAUAGAUGAAUGGUUUGAAGUAAAUAGAUCUUGCCCUGAGCACCCUUCAGAUUAAGCAUCAGCUUCCUGUUUUAUAGGUUUUCUUGUCUUUCCAAGAUGCUUGAAAAACUGAGAGGAUAUGAGGAUCUGUCUCUGGAAAAAGAAAAAACUGCAGGCAUACUCAGCCAGAAAUCUGAGUUCUGUGAGACUUGGUAAUGCAGAGAUGGACAAUCAUACAGGGGGAUAACCCUGCUAAAGAGAGGACAGUUGCCACAGAACUCAGUGUACCAAACAUGCAUAUAAAGGACACACAGGGAUUUUGAAAAUGCUGCACAUCCCUUAAUAGUCAUCUACAUAGGUAACACUGAUAAACAUUUUGUAUUCAGACGCCAAAGUUAAUUGAUUUAGAAGUUGAUUUUAUUAAGUUCUGUAGAGCUGCACAACUAGUUGUGGUUUGACUUGGUUUUAAGUUGGGGGUCACUUUAUUUUUCCCCAACACGAUGUUUCUGCAUUCAUCUAUUCUUAAACUGAGGACCGCAUAAUGUACUUCUUAUAAAUUAAAGUCUUAAAUGUGAAAACAAGAAAUGUAAUCAAGCAGUAAAACAUUGUCUGAAUGUAGACCAUGAUCUCAAGUUCUUCUAUUUUUUUUCCCCCAAGAGUGGAAAAUAGACUUCUGCAUAGGAGAGCUAAAAUAUGUUAAUAUUUGAAAUUAAAGGUGUAACAGUACCAGAAUGCAGUCCAAAGAGUAAAUCAGGUUACAUAGUUAUAUUUUAAUGAACUAAAUCUAAGAUUGUCGAUUGAAUUGCAAUUUGUUAAAUCUAUUAUUUCCUCCUAAGUAAAACCGCUCAAUAGUUAAUCAGUAAUGAAUCAUCUUGCAGCUAUGCAACUUUUUAAAAAAAAUAGAAAUUACCAAUUUUAAGUGCUGCCAGCUAUAAUAACUUUGUUUUAACGGGUAUUUUUAUUUGUUCUCUUCAUGUAACUAUUUUAUUGUGCUUUGCAUCUCCAGACAGUUUUCCCACAUUUGGAUAGAAUGUUUAGCAGGUUGUAAACUUCGUAACUUAUGAAAAGGGUAAAAUAAAAUUUUCUUGAAUGGAACUUGGAAUAAUUUGAGGGCCAUUUUAUAUACUUUUAAAAAUCAGAAUUUAAUCGGGAUGCCAGAUUUAUAGCAAUUUGCAUCUUUAAUUUUCCAGAUAAUCUGGAAGGUAGUGUUUGAUAAAUGAUUUUUUAAAGCAAAUAUGAAGAUUUUGUUAAUUUAUAAUUUAUUAAUGUGUUAUUACUGUAAUUGAAAAUGUUAUAGAGACUUUUAAAUUCAGUCUUGUGUAGAAAGAAAUGUAUUAAGCAAAAUUAUGUGAAUAAAUAUUCCCAUAAAAAUACAUCUGAAUGGUUAAAAAAUACUGGAAGAGAGCUAUCAGGGCUACAAUAGUGAAUGUCCUUUUUUUUUUUUUUUAAUAUAAAAAGAUACCAAUAAGUAGAUCUCAUAUUUUCAAUAUAUAGGGAAAAUGUUAUCAGUGAACAUUUAAGCAGUGCACUUUACUUGGUAUUAUUGAAAGCUGCACAGUACUGUUUCCUUAUUUUAAACUUUAAGUAUUUGCCUUUCUAUUCAAUGCUGCUAUUCUUAUUCUCAAAUUUUUUCCCUAUUUCUGGUUCUGUUUUCAUAUUUUUUGAAAGGGCACGUACAGGAGCAAAAUGCUGCUACCCAGAAAAAUUAGUGUUUUAGAAGCAAUUAAAAAAGUUUUUCUUUGCUUUCUGUGUGAUUCUAGACCAGAUAACAUUUUCCCUAAAGUUAUGCUGUGAAAUGCCUUUUGUUAUGCUGCAGUUGACAGAAGCAUCCAAAAUCUUGGUUGUGACAGUGGACAGCAUGGUUUCAUAGGUGCUUUUUAAAACAGUUAUGGGAAAUACUCUUGCCUCAAGGAAAAUAUUCUUUCCCUAAAUUUUUUCCUAUUAUCAUGAAAUCUUAAUACGAAUCCAUGUUGCUUCACAUUUUUAAUUUUGUAAGCUUUCACACGUACACACAUACCCAGUCACCCCAGGAAAAGCCUCUUAGAAUAUUCUGUGAAUAAUUCAUUUUUUUCUACUACUGGUAUAUUGUAUGAUGGUAAGAAUUGUUUGUUGUCUUCCAUUCUUGAAGGCAGAGAUUGACUCUGGCUGUGGUAAUUACCUAUUAAUAUUCUCUUGGAAUUUGAUUUUCUGAUACAGUUUACUCUUUGGCUUUUUAAUUUUAUUAAGUUUUAAGUUUACGUCCUUUUCCUUCUUUCUGUCCCGUCCUGCACCCUCAGUCUCUUGCUCAGCCUCAGACUGUCCCAGGAUUCUGCACCGCGGCUGCUACAGGGCAGGCUCCUGUGUUGUAGAAGAAAGUUAAGUGUUUAUUUGUGUUGAGUGCUACUCGAUUAUUAAUACUUAUCUAGGGAAGUUUUUACUUAAGGUCUGUUUAUAGCAAUCCCUUUUUUGUUAAAAUAGACAAAGCUUGGCAUUUUUACUUUAAGUUUGGUCUCUUGUCAAUGAUUCCCUAAAAAGAAGAAUUUAGAAAUUGAAAAGAAAAUGUUUUUAAUAGCCCAGAUACUCUGGUGUUUAUUCAGAGUCAAAGUUACUACUCUGGAAAAUAUUACAAUAUUCUACAUAAUGUCACUUAUGACAUUUGUAAAUCUGUAUGUGGACACUGAAUAGUCUAAGUAGGAUAUAAAAAUCACACCAGAUAUAUUUACAUAUGUAGCUUGAAACUACUGACAACUGAAUAUCAUGGAGACAAAAUAAAGAUCAAAAACCUAGACAUAAAGUUGGUGGUAGCUUUCUAGAAUCUUUGUAAAUAUGUGUUUUCCAGUAAGAUUGCACUUACAUACUUAGAAAACGGUAUGUUCUGAAAUUUCACUUUAGUGCCACUCUUCAUAAUGGGUUUAUUGUCAAUUUUGACUCAUUUGUUCUGGCUUUUUUGGGUUUUAUUGUUUUUGCCAGAAUGUAUAAGAGACAGUAAGAUUAUUCUAUCCUACUUUUGACUCUCUGCCAGAGAAAUUAGACUAAACUUCAUCUUAAUCUGUGUUUUUAAGAUCUGGUUAUAAAUCGGAUAUAGAUUGUAUUUUAAGAGCAGUGUUUGUGAUUGAAAUAUAAAUAAUGGUUUCUAGAACUACAUUUUUGGGGGGUGAGUGAUAGCUGAACAUUUAAAAGGCCAGGUUGUUAACUGUCGCAUGCUAUAUGAGUUCUGGUUUCUCAGUGCAAGUUUUACAUUUAUUUUAAAUGUUUCACUGUUACUUCAGUUCUCACCCACUAAACACUAUUAGAAUGUAGCCCAAAAUGCCUGAGGGUGUGGCACUGUCAGCAUAUUUGCAAUAUGUAUUUUGAAAAGAUUUCAGGUUAAAAAUGUAUUUGUGAAAAUGGUAGAUUUCCUUUUCAAAGCUCAUUUUAAUUUCUAUUUUGGGUAUAGUAAAGUUUAAGAGCAGUUGUUUAAAUGAACUACUGUAUAGAAAGACUAAGAGAUACUUCUUUAAAUGACAAAGACAGUAAAUUAAAUGUAAAUAUUACCUAAUUUUAUUUACAAACUUGGAGAGUUGAGGAAGGGAAAUUUCUUAACGAUAAGCUACUACAUUUGAACAAAGCAUGAGACUCUUUCUAAAUACUCAAGAAUAAUUGAAUUUCCUAUCUAGUUGAUAUCUAUAUUAUGCAUCAAUAGUGGUAUCCAACCCAUCUUAUUUUUUCCAUAGAGGAAGUUCCCAUAUACAUCAGAUUAUUGGGAACUUUGUAAAACUGCAUAGAGAUAAAUGUUGCUUAUUAAUUGUGAGUACAGUUUGUUAGUUGCAGGAAAUCUUCUAGUUCAUUGGGGCCAUUUUCUUGCAGUUGGAUCUAUCCUGAGGUGAACUCAAUACAUACAGACAAUGUAUUAAAUGUGAAGUGUCCCUUGUUCUUGUACAGAUAUUUAAAAAAAAAAAAAAAAUUCCAGCAUGCCAGUAUUUUGUCUUUGGCCUAUCACCCCAUACCCCUUUUUUUUGAAGUGUGUAACUUUGGUUUUUUUCUUUGCUAUAUUGUGAAUAACAAUAGUUAAAUUAUCUGGUUUUUUGUCUAUUUUUCUUCUCUAUAUCUUUUCAUUCUGAAACAAAAUUACUUCUUUGUCUUCUUUAGAGGAAGUUGCUACUUGGUAUACUCCUAGUGGUGAUUCUUAAGUGGGGAACAACUGAAUGGGUGAAAUUUUGAUAAUGACUAACCCAGGCAGUGCUUUGAGUGCCAUAGUCUAUGAAUGCUGUGUGUAAGCUAGGAACCUGAAUGUUGUUUUUAAAUUACAGAAUUCCUGAAUUGAGUGGGAAAUACCUAGAACUAAAAGCAUUCAUUAAAGGAAACCAGAAAAUGUUAAUAUUAAGUUUUAGCUGAAACACUAAGUUUUAACUGAAACACUGAAUAGCAACACUGAAUACUGUAGAAAUGCACUUGCUAUACUUAGGGGAGUUCGUAUAUUUUCAGAUAUUUAAGCCAUCAUUCAUUUUAGACCAGCGUCUAAUAAUAAGAUAAAUUUCUGGUUUCUUGUUCGUAGAGAAGCAAAGAGCAAUAUGGCAUAUACCCACAUCCCGAAAUAAAGGAAAAAAUAUUGUAAUAUCUGUUAACCAACAUUGACAUUAGCUCUACCCUAGACUGAGGCAUCUAUCCGGACCCCAAGUCUUAGAAUAAGUGACUGAUUUCUCCUAUUAAAAAAUUUUAUGCCUGCCUUUUUUAUUUGAUGUGCUGAGAUUGAUAGCUACCAAUGGUUUAUGUUUAUAAACUAGUUCUGCUUGUUCUCUCUUACCAGUGAACCUGGCACUAGCAUUUUGUAAAGGUUACAUUUUAGUCAACAGCAUUUUGGACACCUGUGUGCGUAUGAUACAGUUAACCCUCUAGGGAGGUAAAAAGAGAUUUUGCAAUUUGAUGAUGGUAUUGGUCUUUAUUAUUAGAAUCCAUUAUACUUUACUUCUUUGCAAUGGCUUGAGUAUCAGUUUUUUUAGAAAAUCACAGUAAUAAUAUUUACUUCAUUGCUUUGUUCAUGGUUUCAAAAGUGACUCUUCUGUAAUACCUCUUACAUUCCUCUAUUAGAAAAUAUUUUCCUGUUAAAUAAGAUUAUCAAAAGCAUCCAUCACAAGAAAUUUAGAAAGUGUACUAGGAGUAACUUAUAUUGGUGAGUCAUAAACUAAGAUGGAACGAUUCAUUACUGACAUUUUAAUAAAAUUUCCAAAUGAUGUUGCCAUAUUAUCCUGCUAUUUAGAAAUAGAAAAUAAGAGAAUGUUUUUAGGGAAAUGCAUCCUAUCCACUGUAAUAUCUAGAACUUGACAGCAUGUUACAGUAAAAUUGAGAAUUAUCUGAUUGCUGAAUGGUUACCAUGAAUUAACUGAUGUCACAGUUUAUUUUUGUAUACCUAUUAAGUUAAAAGUCUAAAAUAGCUUGAGAAAUGAUGCGGUGGUAGUGAAUGAAGAGUUCUUUAUUACCAUAACCAUAAGUAAAAAUGUACUUUGGAAUUUCUAAUGUGAAACCUACUUGUAAAUUUUUUAAUUGAAAUAUGGUUGUAGUAGAGCUAUUAAGUUUUGGGAAGGAAUGGUCUGUUAAUGUGUGAUCAUAACUUUUAAACUUGAGAUUGUAUUUGGUAAUACUGUGUUUUUAAUUAAACAGAGGAGUACUUAAUCUUUUGAAGCACAGUUUUCAUGAUGCAGGAGGUAUUGAGCUUUGUAGCAGAGCGGUAAGGAACAUGGGUUCUGAAGCCAGACUGCCUGGAUUGCUAUCUCUUUUCACUUGGGCGAGAUGCUUAACUUCUCUGUGCCUUCUUCCUUUGCCUAUAAAAUGAGGUGAAACUACUGCCUACCUCAAGAUUAUUGUGAGGCUUAGUGGGGAAAGUACAUGUAUGCAUCAGACACACAGUAAAUAAUAAUGUUAGGGGUUAUUAGAGACAAUAAAAGUGUUUGUGCUCAUCCAUGAAUAAAUAAUUUUUGUUAUUCUCCGCAGUCAUGAGGUAGAAGAGUAAUGUCUUGGACUUUAGCUGAUGAGUUUAAGAAACCUAUGUAUAGGGCGCCUGGGUGGCUCAGUGGGUUAAGCCGCUGCCUUCGGCUCAGGUCAUGAUCUCAGGGUCCUGGGAUCGAGGCCCGCAUCGGGCUCUCUGCUCAGCAGGGAGCCUGCUUCCCUAUCUCUCUCUCUGCCUGCCUCUCCAUCUACUUGUGAUUUCUCUCUGUCAAAUAAAUAAAUAAAAUCUUUAAAAAAAAAAAAAAAGAAAGAAAGAAACCUAUGUAUAUAAUAGAAGACAUUGUGGGUUCUGUUCUUCCUUCCUUCUCAGAUCUAGAGAUCAUCUGUCCCAGCUUAUGUAUUAAGCAUACUUGGUUCUGUGGACUGUUAGGGACCAAGAAUAUGGCAGUCUAAGAUAGCUAACCUCUAAGACCUUAAUCUUCAGUGUGGGAAGCAAAUAAGUAAGCAAGCAUGUAAUAAAGAGUAAUAAUUGCUGUUACAGAUAUGUACACAAGGGACAGUGGGGGUAGUGAGGAAGGUCACUGAAUUAGGCAAUGGAAUGAUGAAACAAAGUCUUUAAGAACAAAUAGAUCACACAUAACACCAGGAAAUGUGGAUAAAAGGACACGUGCAGUGGAAGGUUUGGUAAGGGUAUUGCUAAGGCAGAGAAGCAUAGCACAUACAAGCAGGACAUUCUUGGAGAAUUGCCCUGCUCAGAGAAGUAAGCAGGUGACAAAGCACGAUUGGAGGAUCUGAGGCGGGAAAAGGACAGUCAGAUUUACUCAUCAGAUUUACUCAAAAGAUUAGAGAGGAAUGAAACUAGAGGCAGAGGGACUUUGUUAGAUAAUGUAGCAGUUCAGGCUAAAUAAUGGAGAGGCAAAACUAAGGAAUGACAAUAGGGAAAGGAAAGAUGAAGAACUUAAAAAUUUAGAGAGGGAAAGGAACUCAGCUUGGUAAUCAUUUACACAUGGGGGAUGAAAGACCAGACCAGGACAACUCCAUCUGUACUUUUCUCCAUGUUAUGAAAGAUUGAGUUUUAAGACUGAUUCCUGAGAUUUUCCUUUCUGGGCUUUUUGUCUAGGACCAUUUCCAUUAUACCAGUCUUCUCAGCCACUCGGAAGCUAUGUCGGAAGGGUAUUUGUAGAAGUUGGUAUACAGGAAAGAUGGGUGCUACUUUGUAGUAGGUGGGUUAGGUUAAGCUAGAGGAGGACCGGAGAGGUUUAUUAGUUCCUGGAAGGCUGUGGUUGCCAGUGGGUGCUUCAUGAUUAUCUUUGUUUAGUGAAGGACAGGAAAAGAGGACUGAUAAGCUUCUAUUUAGUACCUGGAGAAGCAGCAGAAACCCUGGGAUGUCCUUGUAUUAUAUUAGGUCAAGGAGUCUGUUUCUCUCACAGAUUCCCUAAUCUAAUACAGCAUAUCUCUGAGGACACCAGACUUAUCACAGGUUUCUCGGAAUUGGUUCAAAGAUAGACCAGUAGUUAACUUGGAACUUCCUAGACCAGAAAUUCCUACAAAGCAAGGCCGUUAGAAUAAUAGAAACUUAAUACCUUAGAGAGAAUUGUCCUGAAAUGGAAAAACAAAAGAACAAACCCCUUAUAUUCAAAAAUAUAUUUGCAUGAUUUAAGAUUUGACUUCUCACAUAAAGUGAAAAUCCUUUUUCUGCAGUACCUUAAUGAUGCUGUAAUUAUAAUACCAUUGUUAAAUUCUGCCAGAUAGUGCCUUAUUCCUCUGGUUCUUCCCCCAUGAACUUAAGAAUUCAGUGUUUAUUAUUUUAUGAGAGUUAAAAAGGACCUGACCAAAAAAAUAACUUCCUAACAAAGUCAGUUCGAGACUUAAAUUCUUUCUGAUUGGCUUGAUAAUUUAGUAGCUGGGUGACUGAAAGCAAACCUGUAUACUACUAGCAAUGCAUAUUUAUAUUUCAGAAAAAUAUCAGAUAACUGUAUGUCAUGAACCUUUUAAAGUAGCUCAUUUAUAAAUGAAAGUAGUGUUACUAAAUCUGUAAAUGUUAAGGAUAUUUAUUACCUUUUUAGAGGAUCUCCAACAAGGGAAUCAGCAUACAGUUCUUUGUUUGGAGUUCAGACAUUGCAAAGGCAAGGUCUUCGUGGGGUAUUUAAAUAUCUAGACUAUUGUCAUUUUAGCACGUAAUUGGUAUAAAAAUCAUCAGUGAGAUGUUUUUAUAUCUUUCUUCAGAUUUUGAAGUCUGAUGUAUAUUAUAGCACAUCUGUAUUUGGAAAUAGACACGCUUUAAGUACUCAAGAGCCAUAUGUGACCAGUGGCCAGUAGGUCUAGAUGAGUCUGGAAGGUUGGUUUUCUACUUCAUCUAUCAUCCUAAAUAUAUUUUUUUAAAGAUUUUAUUUAUUUAUAUGACAAAGAGAGAUCACAGUAGACAGAGAGGCAGGCAGAGAGAGAGAGAAGCAGGCUCCCUGCUGAGCAGAGAGCCCGAUGCGGAACUCGAUCCCAGGACCCUGAGAUCAUGACCUGAGCCGAAGGCAGUGGCUUAACCCACUGAGCCACCCAGGCGCCCCUAUCCUAAAUAUUUUUGAAGGUCUUGUAAUUCCAACUUGUUAAAGACUUUGGUCUCUGAAAGUUAAUUAGGUUUAUACAUGAGCAGAGCUGGUCCUCUUUUGUUACUAAACUGAGUCAGAGUUUCUUCAUUUUGUCCUAGAAGUACCUUGAAAAGGUGGAUUAUUUAAGGAAUCCUCUUUAUUUGCUCUCACAGAUGCUACUGGCUUUUAUUAUGACUACAGUGUUGGUAAAGAUGCACAAGCUCUGAAUGACUGAGUCAGUGUUAGAGAUAGGAGUUGGUGUGUUUGUGGCAACCAACAGGAAUUGUGAGCUGUGCUGAUGAAUAGCUCUAGUCCAAGGUGUCCCCUGCGUAGAGCCCUGUGGGAACAGUUGCUGGAGUUUCAGGCCUUACAGGAGUAAACUUUGUACCACAUCCAUGCUUAAACUGCUAAACUUGUCCACCAGACCCUCGUGCACAAAACCGAGACUUCCAAAUCCAGCUUUGAGAGCCACCAGUGGUGAAGUCUGAGCUGUCUUCAAUAAGCUGCUCCCUGCUUUGUGUGGGGGUUAUGUGUUCAAGGGCACUGUUGAAGGGAGUCAGCAGUGGAAUUGCCAGGGAGCUUGGUCACAAGGACGCUACACCGGGGGAAGACAGGUAUAGUGCACUCUUCAGCUUCGGAUCUCUGCAAAUCAGUAAUCCCUAAAACUUCGCCGAAGAUAAGAUCUGCUUGGGAGGCAGGAAGGGAAGACAAUUUUUUUAAAAGAUAUUAAGGCCUUGACCCCCCCGCACCAGAGAGUCUGAGUUCAUUGUUGCAGUGUGGUCCUGUUGCACUGCCAGUCUACAAGUUGAUCUGGUGUUUUCUUAAAUGUACCCCAGAUGGGGUGCCGGCCCUUGAUUGAGGAGGGGAGUGCCAAGCAUGUCCUAGAGCUUUACAACUAAAGUCGAGCUACAGUUCUCUUUCCUUACAGCUUACAGCUCUUUUUGAACGAGCAGACUGUUCUGUCAUUACCCAUUCUUCCCAACUCUGUGGUUCAUAGAAUAAACUGCCUGUUCCAGCCAAGCUGAGAUCCUUGGUUGGUUGGUUUGUUUUUUCCACUUUACUCACCAAAGUUUGUAAAUUGCUAAAAGUCCUUUCCAGAACUCAGCUCUGACAAAUCAAAAGCUUUUUAGCUUUCAGGGUCAUGUUGCUUCCUUUGGCUUUAUUUAAAACAAACAAAAACCAAAAAAAAAAAAAAAAGAGAGAGAGAAAACACCUUUGACGUCAAAGUUGAGCAAUGGUGUCUUGGUUUUGCUUCUUGUGUCUCCUAUUGAAGCAGCAGCUCCAGUGAGUCACUGAGUCAGUUGCCACAAGCAACCAGGAACGAAAGGCAUGAAAAAUGCAGCAGUUAAUAAUUCAGAGAUAGCAUUCUGUUACAUUCAGAACAAUCACUAGAAAGACACUGUACAGGAGUAGUUGUGUGAUUUCCAUUCCAUUUCCUUUGAUUUCCACUUAAUCUUGGUCAUCUUGAAGUUGUCUUAGCCUGAAGACUGUGUGGGAGUUAACUUGAACUGGAAUGGCAGAGUGAACUGAAGUGUGGGUUCAUUUAGCAUAUAUGUAUUGAACGUUGGAUAGAAGUAUGGUACUGUGUGAGGGACACUGUACACUGUACACUGAUGCGGAAAAGAGUUUCUGCCCUUACAGAGCUUACGGUUCCAUAUUUUUAGCAAAAGCUGGUGAUGAGGCAUGGUGUAGCAAAUAUAUAAAUAACAUGGUAUGUGAAACCUAGUUCUUGAAUAAGCAUUUGUGUCAGAUCUUUCAAGGCGUAAGAUUAAUUUAAAGACACUGGAAACUACUUUCUGUGACUGUGCCUCUGUUAACAGUUUCCUGCUGGCGCCAGACCCUCGUAUGUGUCAGUGCCGCUAAACAGGUGAAAACAGCUGAGAGCUCUACAAACACUAGGAUUGCAGGAGAAACAGCCAGGCAGACUUGUUAGCUCAUUUCCAUAUUUCAGAGGCCUGUUUCCUCAGUAAGAAUGGUGAUACAGUUCUAAUCAGAUUUUUUUUCUUCACAGCUUUUUAAAAGCCACUCCAGUCAGUUAUAAUUUAUAUACAGCAACAUUCAUCGUAAGUGUACAGUCUGAUGAGUUUGGGUACAUACAUACACCUGUGCAACUAUCAACACCACAACUGAGAUCGAGAACAUUUCCAUCAUCCCUCAAAAAGUACCACAAACCCCCAUAUGCCCAGUUCCCACCCAUCCAUCCUCUACCCCUAGGCAGCCAUUGAUCUGCUUGUGUCACUGUAGAUUAGCUGCAUUCAGCUUGUCCUUUAUUUGUGGAAGGCUUGUUUGCUCAGCCUGUCUUGUGAAGAGGCAUCAGUGUUACUGCUUGAAUCGGUUCUUUUUUAUUGCUGAGUAGUAUCCCAUUGUACAAAUAUACUGCAGUUUGUUAGCCACUCCCCUGUUGGUGGACUGGGCUCUUUCUGGUUUGGGCUGUUACGAACAAAGUGGCUGUGAACAUUGAUAAAAAAAAUAUUUAUGUGAACAUGUGAUUUCAGUUCGCUUGAAUAAAUAUUGAGGAGUGGAAUAAUUGA